AUGGCGCGGGCGUGCGCGGCGGCCGCGCUCCGCCUCCUCGUCCCGUCUAGCUGCUGCCCUGCACCUGGAAGGUUCAACAUUCCCAGCUGGACAGGGGAGCGUUGUUCCAGACUGCAAGAUUACUCGGGCCGGACAUUAAUGGCGAGCGAUGGGCACGAAGAGACCCAAACUGGUAUCCUGACGGGCGCCGAGCCCAGGGGCAGCCACCGUCGAGGUGGGCCGGUCCACUUCUGCCGGGCCCUUGGGGCACGCUGCCCCGCGCGCGCGCGGCACGUACUCAGCAUCCGAUCUAUCGGGACCAAGAAAAUGUGUGCGCCCUCUUGCGGUGGCGCGGGGCCUGCAGGGAAAAUCCAGGCGCGGCGCGGUGCACGGACGCCGCUCGCGCAUGCAGAGGCGCAGCAGGGGCGCAGCUGGCGCCCUCCCGCCUUCCCGCCCCCCCCCCCGUCUUUCGCCGAUUCCCCAGGUGCGCCCGCGCGCGCUGGGGAGGAGGAGGAGGAGGAGGAGGAGGAGGAGGCCGACGAGCCAGCACGUUCUGGUCAGCCUGUCGCAGUGCGGCACGGUCUCGCCCCUGGCGCCCAGGCUGGCUGUGCCCCCGCGGGAGAAACAGAGAGAAGGACGGGAAGCGUUGGCCCCAUCUCUCGGGCCGGCCUGGGGACGAUGUUACUAUUAUGUUUCGCUAUUUCUGAAUAUUUUUGA